AUGGCUUCCACGACAAGUCGACAUCACAACAGGAGCUCCUCCUCCAACAACCCUUCUACCUCCUCCACCUCCUCCCGCCAAAGAAGCUCCUCCGUCAGCAGUGAACGAUCCCGCCGCAGAUCAUCCUCCAAAAACCACUCGAAAUCAUCAAAGCCAGCUCACAACCCAGAAACCCCGAUCCGACGCAAACCAGCCUCUGCCAAGACGACCCCGAUGCACGACGACACCGACGCCGGCCGAUUAAUCCCCGCCGUCCGGCCGGCACUCGCGAUCGAUUACCUGGGCAAUGGAUGGAGCAACGAGGAUGAUAUUGCGGCGUCAUGGAAGUUUAUGACGAAGCAAAAGAACGAUCUUAUCAACGGACUGCGGCUCGAGAACGCCUCCUGGCGCAACUGGGCCAAGCAGCGACAUCACCUCAAGACCGUCAGCCCCAAGACCCUUAACUGGCUCAAAGACAGCGAUACAACAUGGCUCUAUGGUCCUCUGUACAAGGCCAACAUUGACGAAUUCGAUCUGGCCCGGUUUGGAGCUCAGACGGUACCGGGGGGCACCAAGAUACCAACGACACCGACCACUGAAAACGGACUCAAGCCAGCUCUCAAGCACAAGACCGCCUCAGAGCUCUUCAGGGCCGAUACUCUCUUCCAUGUCCAGUCCGAUCUCAAGCUCGAUCGCAAGAUUGAGCCCAAGAGCAAAGCACAGGAGACAGCCGUCUACAAACAACAUCGUCAGCCAAAGUUGCGUUUCAACGAUUCAGUCGAGCAGUGUGUAUCAGUCGACACGGAUGCUCUCUCUGCCGACGAACUGGACGAGGACGAUGAGGAGGAUGCGGGUCUGUUGAUGCGCAUCUCUGUCAAGCGCCCUGCCAGGAGUAUUGUCAGGAUCCACCCCACCAAGCUGAAGGCAGGGAACAUGAUUGGUAUGCAGAUCGAAGACGACUCGGACGAUGAAGAGGAGCCAUCUCGUUCUGACCAAGGCAGCCCCUACACAGGAUCCGAGACGACUUAUGUCCGACCUGCCAAAGAGGAUGGAGUUGAUACUGACGAUGACGACGAGGCAGCUAUCGCCGAGGUCUCCUAUACCCGCUCUUCUGCCAGUACUGAGGCAUCAACGGCAGGAGGAGCGCCACCAGCGCGGUCCUUGUCACCGUCGAACCACCCGGAGAGCGAGAAGAGCGGCGGUCUUGGACAGAAGGCAUACGAUCUCGUCAACAAUGUCAGGGAUAUUGUCCACUGGGCGUCCUCUCUGGUUUACAACAGCAGUGCGUUCUAA